UCAGUUAUCGUCGCCGACCUUUUCAGUUCUUUCGCUGCGCUUCCGUGAAUAACAUUUAAGGGUUCCUUUUUUACGCUAGCCGGCAAACCAUGUCGGCUCCUCCCUCAACUCCUGGUGAGUCGGGGAUACUCCAACAUUCGGCCCCCACCCAGCAAUUAAACCGGUCGUGUGAAUCUUGUCGAGGUCUGAAGGUUCGCUGCCUUCCUGACCCCAAUCUUCCCAAUCAAUGCCAGCGAUGUGCAAAGGCUAAGAGACCUUGCGUGUUCGUGGCCCCCCAGCGAAGACGACCACGCAAGCGAACGGAUUCGCGGGUCGCUCAGUUAGAGAGGGAGAUGCGACAGAUGCGCUCUCUGCUCAAGGACCGUUUCCGCAUCGACGAAGAAAGUAGCCUGGAUAGCUCUGGAAGUGAAUUUGAUGAUUCUGGAGAACUUGAAUUUGGAGCUGAACCCCAAGAAAAUUUAUCCACCGUGCCCGAUGCCCCGAGCAGUACGUCGGGGUCGAUCAGACACAUGGACCUCUCUCCCAGCGCUGCGGCGUGUUCUUCAUACCCAAAUACCCUGAACAGCGGCUCUGGCGCAUUCGUGUCUGCCACGCCGAUCCCGCCGGGCUACUCUCUGGAACCACCCUCGGGCGGCGGCGACAUCAUCGACCGGGGGUUGAUCUCGCUGGAGUUUGCCAAUGAGUUAGUGGCGUUUUAUAUCACAGAAUUAACCGCUUUUGCCCCGAUGGUCCUGCUCCCUCCGGAUACCACGGCCUCACAACUGCGUCGCUCGAAGCCCACACUUUUUCUUUCCGUGAUUGCCGCUGCUGCUAUAGCUAUAGACGAUGGCUUGGCCGUCAUCCUGAACCGCGAAUUAGUUCGACUCUACGCCGAACGGUUCUUCAUCAAUGGUGAUAAGUCGUUCGAAUUGGUUCAGACGCUGCUCCUGAUGAUCGUCUUCUACUAUCCACCAGAGUCACCCUUGAAACUGCAGAAUUAUCAGUACACCCAUAUUGCGGCCACAAUGGCCUUGGAAAUUGGAUUGGCCACCAAACGUAAGGUACCGAAUAGCGCAAGCCGCAAAGCGAACAAACGUAGUUCGUACGAUGAAGACAUGGCGGAACAAGCUAGAGCGAUUUUGGGCUGUUAUCAUUUAGCUUCCAAUGUCGCCAUGAAAACGCGCCGUCCCAACUUGCUUCUCUUCAAUGACUGGAUGAACGAGUGUGUGAAGCAUUUGGGGCGCUCACCAAAUAUGAUAGACAGACAUAUGGCCACUUGGUUCGAAUUACAGAAGAUCGUUGACCAAGCUAUGGUUUCCUUCGGUCUUGAUGACACCAGUUCAACUACCCCGUUGACAGAGUCGCGGGUCCAAGUUGUGUUAAGGUGGUUUGACACCCAAAUGCAGGCCUGGAAGAAGAAAGUUCCCGCGGAUAUGCUCACUGUACCCAUGACCCUCGAGUACCAUUUUACCAACCUCGCGAUAUACGAACUCGGUAUCGGUGAAGGUUAUCGAGAUCCUGACGCAAUUCAGCAACAAUAUUAUACACUCCCAGCACCGGAGAAUGACAAGCAGUCAUGUUCCCCUUUGAGCGCUGUUCGCGUAGACCUCACGAUCAAAUGGAUGAAUGCAGCUCAAGAGAUGCUCGACUUCUUCCUUAGUUGCGACACAGAUCUGAUGCGAAAAAUGCCCAACCUGAUUUACAUGCGAGUCGGCGUAGCAGUCAUGUCGCUCCUGAAGAUCUACUUCUCGGUCCAGUCCGGGGCGUUGGGAGAAUUCGUGAACCCUCAGACCAUCAAUGUUGACAUGUACCUGGAGGCAAUGACGAAGAGGCUCACAGAGGCAAGCGGAAAUAUGAAGUAUAAGGUUCCAAGCCGGUGGCUGUAUGUUGUCGGUGUGAAGGCUCGAAACUGGUACGACCGGUUCCAACAACGGCAGAUGCAGACUGAAGCAGGCCGCGUUCCACCAACGAAUACAAGCCCACAGCCAUCCCCCGAUCAGGUUCCCAUCCAGAACACACAAUACAGUUCGGCCGAUUCAUCGCAGCCCACAGGAGCGCUUGCAAUGGGUACUGAUGUACCACAGAUCACAGCUUUACACCCUAUAGGUGGAAGUUAUGGGGUAUCAGCGGCCACGAAUACGAUCUGGCAGUCAGAUCAGUCGAACCAACAAGCUUAUCUCCACAUGAAUCAAUAUGCCGGCUACCGCCCGCCUAUGCUACCUUCUCAGUAUUCAUAUGAAAUUUCGCACAGUGUUCCUCUGGAAACCAUGCAGCCAAACCAGCUUCCCGUUCCCCCUAGGACAGGAAUGGAGCUUGAUGGCUGGCUUCCCGAUGGGAGCAUCUGCGGGGUACCCCCAUUGCCUGGAAUGUAAUGUGGUUCAAUAUGCGAUGAGAUGUUUUGAUGGAGUUGUUUUGGUGUACAUUGCUUUCGGAAGGCGCCGUUGGUCGCAAUCUUGUUCAUAGUCGCCUCUACCAGUAUAAAGUCGACUUAGUCAUUCAGAAUAAUAU